UUGAAGGCUGGGAGGUUCCAUCCCUUCCUUCUUGUGGAAGAUGUACUGGCUCACCCUGCUCCCUCCAACUUUGCCCCUACUUCUGGAAAACUGCUUUUGGCAGCUAGGCUUCCUCUCUGUUCCUUGGAGAGACAAGCAGGGGCCUAGGACAGCAGCAAUGGAACCCUGUAGGGAGGUAUGAGCACUUUGGAAUCUCCCACAAAUAUUCCUUCUCUCCCCCCUGAUUUCUCUGCCUGGAAUUUAACUUGGGUCAUGAAAGACUCUUCCCCUUUCUUCCCUCACAGAGGACAACAUGUGUUUGACUGCAAUUUUGAAUUGCCUUGUGAGCUGGAAUAUUCUCCUCCACUGAAGGACAAAGAAAACCACAACAGGACCUGGCACAGAGUGAGUGCAGAGAAGCUAAACCUUUUGGAUGGACCAGAGAGAGAUUACUCUGAGGAUUCACCAAGAGGUUCAUUCCUGUUCCUCAAUACAUCAGAAAGCAUGAGCCCCAUCAUCUUGAGCCCCUGGUUGAGGAGCAGUAGUGAGCAAUGCACUAUUCAGGUGUCUGUGUACAGGCAUCUCCAACAAAGUGGGGACUAUAUUGCUCGACUUCUCCCUGCUGACGAAAGUAGCAGUGAAAUCCUGUUGACCCCAAGUCAAGAGAAACAUGGAUGGGUGCUUCUGCAGAAGAGAGUUGGACACCUUAAGAAACCUUUUCGGAUCUCACUGGAAUAUGUUGCUAGUGGGAACAGGAGUGUAGCUGCCAUGGACUCCUUUGCAAUGAAGAACUGCAGUUCAGGAUCUUCUUCUGGCUCCAAAAUGGCCCUACAGGGUUCCUUCAACUGUUGGAAUGGAACAGAAAUCAAACUGGGGCAGGCAUGUGAUUUCAUCAGAGACUGCGCAGAGGGAGAGGACGAGGGAGAUAUGUGCAAAAAGCUCCCCCCUGGCUUUUACUGUUCAUUUGAAGAAGGGGACUGCGGCUGGACCCAGGGCUCUCCCGCCUCUCUCACUUCUCCAUGGCAGAUCGGAAACCUGGAGUACAGCCACUUCCCUUCACUAGAAGGCUCUGCACUCUUGCUGAGCACCAGUAAGGUCCCAGUGGCAGAAACAAUCAUCGUGACCAGCGCUGUGUUUCCAGCUCCAAUUAGGAAUUCUCCCUGUGAGCUCCGAAUGUCAUGGCUCAUCCACGGCUUCUUGUUUGGAAAUAUUUCCCUGGUCCUUGUCGAGAACAAAACGGGGAAGGAACAGAGCAGGACGUUCUGGCACUUCACUAACAGUGAAGGUUUGGGAGUCUGGCAGUCGAUGGUUUUAUCUCUUCCUGACGUGUCAGACAGGUUUUGGCUUCAGAUCAUUACUUCAUGGGAAGAAGAAUCCGAUGCCAUUAUUGCUUUUGACAAUGUGUCUCUUAGCCUGGACUGUUAUCUAACAAUCAAUGGAGAGAAGACAUCUCGAGAUGCAGCUCCGGAUUCGAGCAAUCUGUUCAUCAAAGGAGACAGCCAGAAAAGGAUCAGAUUGGAACAAAAGAUUCUGGAGAGCCUCCAACUCAGCACUGUUCCCAUCUCUGGUCCUGCAGAUCAGUGGUUGUUCACCACAUGUGGUGCCAGUGGACCGCAGGGACCCACUCAGACCCAGUGCAACGACGCCUAUAGGAACUCCAAUCUCAGUGUUAUAGUGGGGGCUGAAGGAAUUCUUCAAGGUGUGCAGAUCUGGAGAGUGCCAGCAACCAAUACUUACAGCAUCUCAGGCUAUGGAGCAGCUGGUGGGAAAGGAGGGAAGAAUACUAUGGUGAGGUCCCAUGGUGUGUCCAUAUUGGGGAUUUUUGACCUCCAAAAGGAUGAUGCCUUAUACAUCUUGGUGGGCCAGCAAGGAGAAGAUGCCUGCCCUAGUACUAACCAUGUUAUACAGAAAGUAUGCAUUGGAGAGAAUAACGUGAUUGAAGAGGAGAUUCGAGUGAACAGGAGUGUCCAUGAAUGGGCAGGAGGAGGUGGUGGAGGGGGAGGAGCAACGUAUAUAUUUAAGAUGGAGAAUGGAGAACCAGUCCCCUUGAUAAUUGCAGCAGGAGGUGGUGGCAGGGCCUACAGGGCCAAAACAGAUACUUUUCAUCCAGAAAGGCUGGAGAAUGAUUCAUCUGUUCCAGGGCUGAAUGGAAAUUCAGGAGCUGCAGGUGGUGGAGGUGGCUGGAAUGAUAACACUUCCUUCCUGUGGUCAGGAAAGUCCUUGCUGGAAGGUGGCAAUGCUGCAGCGGACAAUGACCCAGAGAUGGAUGGGGAGGAUGGUGUGUCCUUUAUUAGUCCACUGGGUACUUUAUACACCCCCGCACUAAAAGUGACAGAGGGGCACGGAGAGGUGGCUAUUAAGCUGCACCUCAACUGCAGCCACUGUGAGCUUGAUGAGUGCCGUGUUGAUCUGGAGACUCAAAAAGUCAUUUGCUUCUGUGAGCCUGGGACAGACCUGGCUGACGAUGGUGUCUCUUGUGUAGCUGAUCCCGGGGCUCAUCUCCCCCUCUCCUUGGUCUUGUCUGUAGUGACGUCAUUACUGGUGGCUGCUCUCAUUCUGGCUUUUUCCGGGAUCAUGAUAGUGUAUCGCCGGAAACACCAGGAGCUGCAAGCCAUGCAGUUGGAAUUACAGAGCCCCGAGUACAAACUGAGCAGGCUGCGCACCUCCACUAUUAUGACGGACUACAAUCCCAACUACUGCUUUGCAGGAAAGACCACCUCCAUCAGUGAUCUCAAAGAGGUGCCUCGGAAAAAUAUCUCCCUCAUAAGGGGUUUAGGCCAUGGAGCCUUUGGCGAAGUAUAUGAAGGUCAGGUGGUGGGGAUCCCCAGUGACCCCAGUCCCUUGCAGGUGGCUGUGAAGACAUUGCCAGAGAUGUGUUCAGAGCAAGAUGAGCUGGAUUUCCUCAUGGAAGCUCUUAUUAUCAGCAAGUUCAACCACCAGAACAUCGUGCGCUGUAUUGGGGUCAGCUUGCAGACGCUACCACGCUUCAUCCUGCUGGAACUUAUGGCUGGAGGGGACCUGAAAUCCUUCCUGAGGGAGACACGGCCUCGACCGAGCCAGCCCUCUUCCCUUUGCAUGCUGGACUUGCUACAUGUGGCUCGCGACAUUGCAUGUGGCUGUCAGUAUUUGGAAGAAAACCACUUCAUUCACAGGGACAUUGCUGCCAGGAAUUGUCUCCUUACUUGUCAAGGGCCUGGAAGAGUAGCUAAAAUUGGAGACUUUGGAAUGGCCCGGGACAUAUACAGGGCCAGUUAUUAUCGAAAGGGUGGGUGUGCCAUGCUGCCAGUCAAAUGGAUGCCACCCGAGGCCUUUAUGGAAGGAAUAUUUACUUCAAAAACUGAUACAUGGUCCUUUGGUGUGUUGCUGUGGGAGAUAUUCUCUCUUGGAUAUAUGCCUUAUCCUAGCAAAAGUAACCAGGAGGUUCUGGAGUUCGUAACAAACGGAGGAAGGAUGGAUCCACCCAAAAACUGCCCUGGCCCUGUGUAUCGUAUAAUGACCCAGUGCUGGCAGCACCAGCCUGAAGACAGGCCAAACUUUGCCAUAAUACUGGAGAGGAUUGAAUAUUGCACCCAGGAUCCUGAUGUCAUCACCACUGCUUUGCCUGUGGAAUAUGGCCCAUCCAUUGAGGAGGAGGAGAAGGUUCCAAUGCGCCCAGAAGACCCCAAAGCAAUCCCUCCUCUGAUGGUCUCCCCACACCAAAAGAGAGAGGGUGACAAGCAGGCCCUGCCUUCUCCACCCCCUCUGCCUUCAGCCGUCACAGCUGGAAAACCUUUGGCAAAAGUGGCAGCCCCCGAGCCUCCGGUUCCUGUUAAUGUGCGAUCAGCCCUGGAAGGGGGACACAUCAACAUGGCUUAUGCGCAGUCCACCGCGGCUUCUGACCUUCAGAAAGGCAGGGGGUCCAGAAAUAAGCCCACUAAUCUCUGGAAUCCAACAUAUGGCUCCUGGUUUGCAGAGAAGCCUGUCGUCAAAAACAGUUCUCUGCUGGAGAAAGAGGUGUCCGAGAGGGAGAAUGUGGGGCAUGAAGGAAACUGUACUGUGGGGCCCGGUGUUGUGACUAACAGGCUGCCAGGCUCCUCUCUGCUCUUAGAACCGUCUUCACUAACGGCCAGUGUGAAGGAAGUGCCUCUCUUUAGGCUCCGCCACUUCCCCUGUGGGAACGUCAACUAUGGCUACCAACAGCAGGGCUUACCCCUGGAAGCCUCUGCCCCACCUUGCGCUAGCAAUUAUGAGGACGCUGUCCAUAGAAACAAGGGCCACGUAGCCCAUCAGGGGCCUUGAGAGCCCUCUGCACUCUUGACUCUCAUUCUGUGUGGCUCUUGAGCUUGGAGCAUAUUGUCCUUGUCAUCGAGAGAGAGCAGACAGCGCUAACUUUCAUUAUGUGCCAACUAGCUCUAAAGUGCCACCCUUUGAGGCCGUGUUUUCAGAUAACCCACGAAGCUUCAACUCAUCGGAGCCUCUACUACUACUACGAGAAAGGGGGGAUAUUAACGUUAACUGCAAGGCCCAGCUUUCGGUUGCAUAAACUUAUAUGCAUGGUCAUUGUCGUGUCGUGCCCUUCCCUGUGCGCUUCUUCUCAAUUGUGUAUGCUCCGCUUAAAUGUAAGGUCAGGCUUCACUGCCUGAGUAUUUCAUGUUUGGGGUUUUCCUUGCCAAGCUACUGGUUGCUGUGGAAUGGGACACUUGAAAUCCCCUAUGGAUGGCAGAGGUUUGAGGUGGCUUGGGAAAGAACCAUUCAUUCAAAACAAAAAGGAUAAAACACCUUUGAAUGAAGACACCAGGGAACAUUCCCAAGUUGCGUUACAGCUGUAACGUAGCCUGCACCAGCCCUUGAAUAUGCAGUAAUUACGGUAUCAUUGGCAGGGCAAUGGAAGGAUGCCAGUCACACUGUCUGGUUUGUUAGUAAGAUGGGAAGUUAACUAACUGUAGAGGAAGAGAAUGAAGUGCAAAAGGAGGAGGAUUUAUAUUUUUUUCAGACCCAAAGCCAAGGAUGGCACUGGCCCUUUAAAAUUCUUUCUGUACUAUAGAAAGGAAGCACCAUGUUCUACAGGAACAACUUCUUGUUCAGUGGAAUUCAGGUGGAAUUUUACAGGGCCAGUCUUGUGUGAGAGAGAAGUUACAAAGGCCUUUACAGUGAGAAGUCACCAGUAAAUGGAAAUACAAAGGUCUGAAAUGCCCUUUACUAAUGACUCCAACCAGAAGGCUUGACUUUUGACCCGCAUCUGGAUUCUAGGCAGUGUCUGCAUUUCACGGGUUCAUUACCCUUGUUUCUUUAACCGAAUUCUUGUAUGCUAGUCCGUUAAAAACCCAAAGCUGCACUGCUGCUUUCUGUACACCUUGUGCAUGCAGCGGGUGUUGUUACAAUAUACACAGAAGAAUUGAAUUCAUUGUAAAGAUGUACGUUAAUAAUUUACAAUAUACUGCGCUGGGGCUGCUGAAGUAGCAGUGCUGGCUAAAAUAUACGGUGCCUAUUUCCAUAGCACUAGGUCUAUCGGAGCAGCAGCAAAGGCAUAUAGACAAGAUGGGUCUGCAUCCAAGACCUUUAACUUUGGGGGGAGUGGUUCAGCAUCCAGUCCUGGAUCCAAACUUUGCAGUAAAAUCUCUAACGAAAGAAACCAGAGCCCCAGAACAAAACACCCCAGGCUUUGGGGUGUCAGAAAAGGAUCCAAAGCUGAGGACUAUGAGCUGAGACCCUCAUCUUUAAAGUGAAGUUCUUGUCUCUGCUCUGCCUUCCCCCACCCCUCUGGUCAAUAAUGCUGACGUCUUAGUAGCGUAAUGUUGAAAUUGUGCAUCAAACUUUUUUUUAAUGAGGCUUAUGUUAGCAGAUCUGAGUUGUGAACUGUAAUGAUUCUGUGGGUGCUUUGGACUUCACUCAUCUGCUACUGGUAUGUCGCAUGUCAUGGCUGCAUGGAUUUCAUGGCUGCAGUGGGGGCCAGAACUCAGGACUGACUGUGGCAAAUAUAGAGGCCUCGUCCACUUGAGCUAAAAGGAUAGUUGUGAGUUAUAAGCGUAUUGGGGUGUCUAAUCCUCUCGGUGGCUUGCUUACGGACACUGGAACAGGGCUGCCAUUCCAUCUAGCUUAGCACUGUUGCAUUCACACUACUCUUGCUACUACAAGACGAGAAGAACUCUUCUACUGUCUCAGGAAAGACAAUGUGUUCCAUGGGAAAACAAUGACUGAGCUUUACUGUGUACCAUCAAGGCUGGUUGCACUGCAAUAUUAUCCCUGUGGAACUGAAAUUUUCUUUAGACAUUUCAGCUUUCUUUUCCUUUUUCACAAAGGGUCCAGAUUAAUUUUUUUCAAGCAGAUCCCAGAGGAAAGCUUUUUGCUUUCUCUCACUCCUUUCAAGGCAAGAAACCGCUCUGAGUUUUCACUGCUCUACCAGCAUGUAUAGCUGAGGGCAGAACCGAGUCUGCGUAGUUGUAUGGUCUUAAAGGAGCAUAGCUGAAAUCUUAAUAACCUGUGUGUGUCAGGUUCAAGCAUAUUGCUCUACAGAUCUGGAAUUGCCUGACCGUGCAACUCCAGUUACUGUAAGUUUUCCAAUUGCUGCUGUUAAAGGAAGAUGACCAGAUGCCUGGGUAGCUUUUUUUCCUCCUCCCCAGUCACGGGGAGAGCACAGAGACAUACUGAUUGCUUUUCUGCCUCUGGCUUGUGGUGUGCAUCUAUAAUUUUACUGUUGGGGGGGGGUCACCUUAUAUGUGUGAGUCUCACAAUGAGAGCUAAAACCAUUACUACCAUUUACAGCUGGCCCACAUGAACAGCAUGUUUUGGUCAGUGGAAAAUGGGGAAUUGUAAUUCAGAAUUGCUGACAAUAUUUUCUUUUACCAUACUUGGCGAGACUGUGGUGCCUCUUUGAAGAUCUCAUUCUACACUAACCCCGGCUAGUUCUAAUGAAAUCUUCCUUUUGAUAGUCUCUGUGCAAAGUGCUUUGGGCUAGGACAGUGGUGUUCAGCGUGGCACUAGGCUUAGGAGCUGUUGAAUCAAGACCAGGUUUAGGGCAGAGGUUGAAUGGUGUGGAGCAAGAUUUCAGGAUGAGAUUUCGGCCCAAAUGUCAGAGUCGGCAUUUCUCAUGAGGGUUCCAUUAUCUUGCAUAAUCAGUUUCAGACACAUCCACAUGGUCAGAAAUGAGCUGCUUUUGUAGUGUUGGAGCCAGUGCAGCCAUGGAACCACAGAGGUAGGUCUGAAUUCUGCUCCUGACAUACUUCUCCUGGAAGAGUUCAGAACAUGGAGUUGUGGCUUAUUUCUAAUACAAAAAUCUCAUCCCCUCCCUCCCAACCCCUUUUAUGAGUGCUAUACCCACAGAACCCAUUCCAGUGUCGCUGUGCUCACGUCCCACCCCCCUUGCUGGGUUAGUGAAAACUCGGCAUUGCCCUAGUUCUCUGUUCCAGUGAGUAUAAAGCCAUUUACCAAAUCAUCUUCUUUGGGAGCCCUUGUGUGCCGUUCAGUAUGCUGCAUGGGGCAAUGCCUGUCACGGUGACCUCCAGCCUCGCACUGUGUGGCUCACAUUCUGCCCUGUGCUACACAUAUCCCCCCAGCCCCUCAUCAAAGGCAGAGACUUGCAUUCAUGCUCUUAAACCCAUUGCUUAAUUGUAAGCCGCUCUGUAGUCUUGCUACCAGUGUGUUUGCAGGAGCAGGGCUUUAAUCCCUGCACACGAACCCCAGUAGUUGGGUAAUGAAAGGAAACUUCUGCCUGUUUGCUCUGUGACAUUUCACACUCCCAGUAGUGCACCAAGGCCUGCUCACUUUAAAUUUUUAAUGAUAAUAAUCCUGUCUAAAGGGAUUGCAAGAUGGUGUGGUAAUAGCUCUGCUUCACUUGGAUUAUCACUGCUCUGCUUAGUGACAUGAUCUGCAGAAAUCAGUUCAGACAAGGAAUUAAAAAUGCAAUGGCUCAGGACAUGCAUAACAAGUUAAGUUCUUUCCUAGCAGGUGAGAAGGGCAACUUAGCAGCCUGGUUUGUUACGUUUGUCGCCACACAGAACUACAAGGGCAGCAGGAUGAAGUUAGCUGAACACAUGAAUGGGAUGAAAAACAGCAGCUGGAGAGCUCAGUGUGUGCAUGGUGGUGCACUGAUUGUUAAAAAAACCCUGAAUACCCACCAAAGUAUUUUAUUUUAGCUAUUCUCCCCCCCCCCCCCAGUCUCCCUUGGAGGAUCUGAUGCUAUUCAGUGUUCAUAAGCCUAAUGCUGAUCCUACAGCAUUAAGCUUAAUUCCACAGUCUUUUCACUGGUUACUCCAGCUGUAUACCAGUAACAGAAGCAGCCUUAUCCCACUAGUGGGGGUGGGGGGUGGAGAAUUGUAUGUAGAGGGGGAAAUUGAGGGCUUGCUUCAAGCAGGCUCAAUUUUAAAUGCCUGAUCAUGUGAGCUCACAUGAUUGGAGCACUUUAGACAUGUCAUGUCUCCAGGGAGUCCCAUCUAAAACACUAGAAUCUAUUUUAUGCUUGUAACAAACUUUUGUCCAGAACCACAGGCAGAGUGUCUAACAGUUAUAUAAAAUGUUCAUGUACAUAGUAUUCCCCAGUGUGGGCCUUGUGAGUCUACUAUAAACUAUCUCAUUGUAAAUGUCUUCAUUUGGAUAUCAUAUGUAGCUACCUUUUUGCUACAGUGAAAUGUAGGUAGCACGACAGCCUAUAUGACAUGCAGGCUGAUGGAACAAUAACUACAGCAUUGCAGUAGGACAUUUAACACAAACUGGCUAAAGCCCAUGUGGCCUAGACCUAGGCAGUAGUGGUCUCUUGUAGGACCCAUGCACCUCAUUAGAGUUGUAGGUUCAGGCAGCAAUAAGGUGAAUUACAACAAGGAGAGGAAGGGGCUAUGGCAGUGUGAGAGGGGGACAUGGGCCAGACAGCACAGGGUAAUGGCCUUCCUCUGCCUUUAGGUUGCUCCACUUCCUGCUGGAACUGACAGGGAGCUCAUUGGCAAGUUUACUUAAGGCCUCACACCUUGUUUCAGGUAGCUGAUUUCAGUUUAAAAAUGGUGAUGGCUUCAGUCUGUAAUGAACCAGUCAAGUGGCACAUCCACCUGUAGCACCACCCACUUCCCUUGCUGUGUCUGGGCAAAUGUGGUGCAUUGUCACAAGCCUCUGUGGUCUCAUUUCUGCAAUGCAUGACAGGAUUAGUCUAUUGUCUUAACAAGAGUUUGAUUUUUUGCAAGCCUGGUCAUGGAGCUGACACCAUCAGCUUAGGGAAAAAAAAACCUUGAAAAACUAAUAGUAUAAAAAUCGUUUACAGAGAUAAAAGACAUCACAUGUUGCCUACCCCAUAUUCCUCAAAGGAGCAUAUCUGCAUCCAGCUUUUCUGGUCUGUAACCCUGCUUCAUUAGAAUGUCUAUCACAGGUACAGCAGCUUAUGCAACACUAUGUGUAAAGGAAGGGCCUAUGCACUUCAGGGAUAUUAAAAGACAUACUAAUAUAUGGUCAUUGAGUAUUUUGUAUUGACUAGUGUAUUUGUAUUGUAAACAAGUGUAGUGAACCAAACAGCAUGAAGAUAAAUAAAAUGACAAACUAACUCCAGCUGUUGGGUCAUAUAUUGAAAUCUCUACCAUCAUCAUCAUCUCAACAUCAGUUCAUCACCCCUGGCUUGUAAGCUGAGGAUGAACUAUUGU